CGGCCUCGCCGCCGGGCGGAAGGCCCCUCGCCUGGCGCCGGGAGGCGGAGCGGGGGGUAAUAGAGGCUUCCGCCUUCCCGCCUUCGCCUUUCGGCGGUGGCGGCGUGAGGGGGGGGAGCGGAGCCGGGAGGGAAGAGGAACCUACCGGGAUGGUGUCGCUGCUGCCGCGCAUCGAGCGGCUCUCGUCGCGGGUGGUGCGGGUCCUGGGCUGCAACCCGGGGCCCAUGACUCUGCAGGGCACCAACACCUACCUGGUGGGCACCGGGCUCAGAAGAGUCCUUAUUGACACUGGGGAGCCAGCUAUUCCUGAAUAUAUUGGCUGUUUAAGGCAGGCCCUGUCAGAGUUCAACGUCUCAAUUCAAGAAAUUUUAGUGACACACUGGCAUCAUGAUCAUACUGGUGGAAUACCUGAUAUCUGCACAAACAUCCCAAAUGACUCUGAAUAUCGCAUCUGUAAGCUUCCUCGUGUCCCUCACAGUGAAGAAAUAAUAGGAGGAGGACAUAAAUAUUUUUAUCUUAAAGAGGGAGAUGUGAUACAGACAGAAGGAGCCACACUCAGAGUUUUAUAUACACCUGGACACACUGAUGAUCAUAUGGCUUUACAUUUAGAAGAAGAAAAUGCUGUAUUUUCCGGCGACUGUAUUUUAGGGGAAGGAACAACAGUAAUUGAAGACCUGUAUGAUUACAUGAAGACUUUGAAAAGGUUGUUACAAAUGAAACUAGAUUUAAUAUAUCCAGGUCAUGGCCCAGUAGUGCGGGAUGCAAAUGCUAGAAUCCAAAGCUACAUUUCUCACCGAAUGGCACGUGAACAACAAAUUCUGAAUGUUUUUCAGAAGAAUGCUGGAAAAUCAUAUACAUCCUCAGAGCUUGUAAAGAUAGUAUACAAGGAGAUCCCUGAAAAUUUACUUCCAGCAGCAGAAAAUAACCUCCUAGUCCACUUGAAGAAGUUGGAAAAAGAAGGAAAAGUGUGUAAGUUGUGGAUGGAGGUACAUGACGCGUCUCCCAACUUCAGAUGGAGAAACAAUUUAUAAAUUACACAAGAUUGCUCAAGAAUAUUUUUAAUCUGCACAGUUGCUGCAUGAAAAAAUACAGUGAUGAACUCAGAUAGUACGUAAAAUAAACACUAAUUAUUCCUUCCCUUUUUUUAAACAGUGGUAACACAAUUUUAACGCAAUGUUACAGUUGGUUAACUAAUGUUUUUCAUAUUCUUCUUCACAUGAAUUUUUAAAAUAACCUGAUAGGUACUGAGUUAGUAAAAUGGAAUGAGUGUGAAGAACUGAAUAUUACCUCUGUUAUAAAAUACCCAGCUUUAUUGUUGGUGGCAGAAGACAAAUAGCAGGGUCUUAUAAACUUAAUAUUACAAUAUUAUAAAGCAAUAUUAUAAAUGUAAUAAAUCAGCUAUAUAAAAAUAUCUCUAGUAAAAAGAAUGGAAAGUAUGUUAUUUUAAACCUGUUUUCAUUUGCUUGUGAUUUUCAAAAAGUCAUUUUUCUAAUAAGUUAUCUAUACAUUCUAAAAACCAAGUUAUUUUUGUUAACAGAUGUAAAUACUGGAGUUUAUAUUCCUUUUCUAAUUUAGCUGCCUGUGCACAUAUUUGCUGGUUGCUCACUGCUGUAGGUUUUAACGAACGCUGAAAGUAAUUCCAGACUUCUCUGUUUUCUGGUGGAAAUGCCAUUUCUAUGGAAUUCAUUCAAAGUAUUCAUUGAUUUUAACUACGCCAUGUCAAAAAAUGCAGAGUCGGAGCAGACUCUUAAAUUCUUUAUCUUAAAAGAUUCUGCAAGAAUGUGAUUAAAAAGGUGUAUAAAUUGAGAUACAUACUACCACAUGAAGUUGUUUGUUUAUACUUUAUAACUAAUAAGCUUCAAGUUUUGCUGUUAAAUCCAUUUAAACUACAAAUAUUUUAACUAGAGGUUUUAUUUGCUUGUCAGAUACUGUAUAGUGUAUUAAAAUACAAUGUUUGAAGAUUGAUUUAGACUGCAAGUUGAGCUCUUUGUGUAGCUUAAACUUUCAGAAUAGUGUACAAAUGUUUGCAUUACUUUGUAUGUUCAAAUUGUGUGAAGUUUUUAUGAUACAUACACUUAUUUUAAUGCUGGCUCAACCUUUACGAAAAAAAAAAAAAUCAGAUACGAGAUGUUUGAAAGUACCAAAGAGAAAUAUAUAUGUCCUUGAAAAUUCUUCAUCAUUUAAUCCUGUACCUUCAUUCGCGAAACAUCCAUGUGUUUGGGUAUUUAAGACAUGUCUUAAUAAUUACCAUUAUUUGAUGAAGUUGAUGGCAUUUGUUCUAAUCAACUGAGCCAAAUCCCAUGGAAAAAUACUCCCAGGAACAGCAAUCCAAAACUGAAACCAUGUUCUGAAGUAGUAACCAGCCCAGUGAAGAGGGGAAAUAAUAACUUUCUGCUCUAUAAAAUGAUGCUUUUUGCAAACUUCAUUGAUCUGAUUUUUGGCCACAUCGUGACUCUUGCUCACUUCUAACUCUCUGUGCAGUGCCAUUUUAGGGUCUUUUUCAGGUCUCCUAGUUUUGCUUCCUUUUUAAUUUUCUGUUUACUUGUAUUUUUCCAUUUCAGCCACUUUUUUUUCCCCUCCUCCCGCAAACCUUAUUUUUUAAAAUUUCUUUUUGAUUGUUUCUCUCUUCAUAAUUACUCAGGAGCUUUCACACGGACUUCUUACCAUUAAUAAUUAUUGUUUUCCUUGAACUAUUUCAUUAAUUUAUAGUUACCUUUUCCAUUGUUGGGAAUGAAAAGGUAAUUAUCAGUGUUUUCUUUUUUAAAAACUUAAUUCACAUGCUCUGAUGUCAUUUUGCUUCAGGAAAACAGAAAGAUCCAUGAAAUGGCAUGAUUUUCUGUCAUGAGGUCUGAGAACCUAAGCCAGCAGGAAACUGGUAUCAAGAGGUGAUGUCUCAUUACCUUUCUGAGCUGAAGAAGAAAUCUACUGGCAGGCAAAAUGUCACUGAACCAUUUUCUUCUAUUUUACUAUGCUUCAUUUUUAAGUAGGAACGCUUUAAGAAGAAAACGGCUUUAAAAUUCAGUUAAAAGUAUUAUUGGAACUUACAGGCAACAAAGAAAGCAGGAGGAUACAAAUCAGAGGCUUCCAUGUUUCAUGCUGUGCUGAAGCAAACACCUGACAUUCACAGAAAAUAAGGGAAAUUGCAGUUUAACCAGACUUGUCAUUAAUGAUUGGGUAUGGUGCCUCUGGAAUAUUAAAAGCAGAGAUUGCACUGUUACUGAGAGUAAUAUACAGUAAAGGAUACUUACAUCAGCUAUGACAUGUUGUGAAAGUCUUAAGACUCCCUGUCGAUUAUGAGAUUAUAAAUCAGGAGGAGUGUUUGUUUACUUAAAAGUAGAGUGGUAUUGCAAGCUAUAUGGCAUGUACAUAUAAAAAUGGGGAUUGGCCUAUUUACAUCCCUUGUAUUGAAUUUAUUAAUCUGUGCAGAAUGCAUUAAAAGUUAUGAAUAAAUACAGGAGAAGGGGCAACUUCUGUCUCAUCAAGCUAGAAGGGCAAAUGUCAUUCAGUGCGUGAACUUCCUAAACAGCUGGGGACAAAUUGAGUUUCCAGCCUUCCUUGCCAGCUAAUUUGAAGAUCCUGUCCUGAGAGGCAGCAUCAUUUAUUAGGUUUAAGACCUAGAAAAGAAGUUUGGGGGUAGUUAGAACAUUUUGGGGGUUUUCUAUUCUGUUUCUUGCUAACUUCUUUAUUUACACUUUGUUUAAAAAUGUCAUUCUUGGUUAUAUCUUUAAGCGUGUUUGAUGACAAGGGAAUUCCGGGGAGGUUCCCAAAUAAGAA